UAUUAAGACCGGAUUACAACAUCGAGUCCACACAACUGCUGAGAGGUACACAACCAGGUCUAACAAUGUCGAGAUUCGCAGGAAAAUGGGUGGAUGAUCUACCUGCAGGAAAGUGCACCAACUUCGAUAAAUUUGUUAAAGCUUUGGAAUUGACCGAAGAAGAGAUAGCAGGUUACAGAGAUUACACGGGAGGGCACUUGACCACAGUAAAUGGCGACGAAUGGUCGUACACAUAUGAAUUUGGUGGACUUUCAAAGACAAAUCACUUUAAAAUUAACAUCACUAACCCAAAGGAUACUGAUAUCGAAGGAAACGAGUUUGUGAAUACCCCUAAACUUGAUCCAAGCAAUCCAAAUAAAAUGGUUGAGAUGACGAAAACAUGGAGGCCUAAUGGAUCAAUAAUGACAACUAAAAUGGAGAGAACUCUUAAUGAAACCGGAGAUAAGCAAUAUACUGAAUUAACUCAUAUUGAAUCUGGAGUGACCAUAAAAUCUACCAUGAGCAAGGUUGUCGUGUAGAGAACUUGAAUCUGGAACAGUUGAUGCCCGUUCCACCAUCAGACGCACCUAUCUAUUCAUUUAGACGAACGAAGCAGUUGUGGAACCAGGGACUCCUUUGUAAUUCAAGACGUUGUAUGCAGCAAAGCAGAAAUCUGCUUACCUUCCCUUGGAAGGUUGUGCCGUUGUUACCGAGUGACCAUUAUCAUGAUAUCGUCAUUUGGAUCUCUUUGAACUUUUAGAUUUGCUUUCAUUCCUUGGCUAUCGUUACCAUAGUUUGAUCAAUAUGACACAGGACUUUAUGUUGAUUUUGAAAAUUUAUUGAUCCGUGCCUGCAAUGUCAGUUUGACCGUACAAUAAAAUAUUGAGAUGGAUAA